AUGCAACGGUUGUCGACCAUAAAGCCAGAUAUUGGCAAUAUUAAUUUUCUGAAGAAAAAGAAAAAGAAAAAAGGAACCAGCCUUGCUGAUACUGAAGAUGAUUUGGAAUACGAGCACUAUGGUGAAAAGAACUCUGGGUCCACGACAUCAGGCAAUACAGCAGAUGAUAGCUUUGGAGACUGGCAACAAGAUCCCAAUGCGUCCAACAACAAAAAAAGUGUUAGGCGGGGAAGUAUAGCAGGAAAAAUUGUGAAGGAAUGGAAGAAAAAGAAGAAUACAGGCGCCACUCAGGAUGCUGACGAUGAUGACGCGGCUUACGAAGAUCCAUUUGCCGGUGGAGGUUUUGAUGACAUGUCCGUGAAUUACGGACAGGACGAUAUCAGCGUUGAUGCAAGCAGAUGUGACACUUAUCUAGAGGAUGAUUCUGACGCUAAGGCUGCAUUUGCAGAACAACUACUCUCACCAAUGUCAGCUCUACGAAAGGGACAAAAGUCGAAGUCAAACACCAAACAGGUGAAGAAAAAGAUACCGCAGAUGAUGACGCUGAACGAAGCUGAAUCUGAUGAAGGCGAAUCGGAUGAUGAUGGCGAUGAUACUAGCAAAGGUGAAGCUACUGGUGAAAGCAGUAGUGAAGAAGGUGUCGACGACUACGAUUCUUUUUUCAAGUUCCUUGACAAGGAGAAGCAGGAAGACGAUACUAAGGAGGAACCGGAAGAAGAACCCACCGAAGGAGAACCAGUGAAGAAAACGAAGAAAAAGGUGAAGAAGAUAAAGCGAGAUGAUGGAUCAGUUCUAUCAAAGAAAUCGAAGAAGAAGUCUAGUGACGAGAGGUCUGUCAUGUCCAAGAAAAAGAAGAAAAAGGUGAAGAAGAAAAAGAAGAAGGUAGAUGAUGGCGAGGAUGCCAUCACCACCUCUGAUCUUCUUGGCAUGGUGUCCCCCGAGUCAACAGACGUCCUUAAGGCGCUUGAUGAGGAAGACUUCAAAUCACAACCAAUUCCUCCACCUCCUGUCAACGACCUUUCUCUUGACGAGCCCAAUGGGACUAGUGCUGCUGCGUCUGAAGAAGUCUUAGCAAAUGCUAGGGCUCGUCGGACUCUGGCAAGACUCAAUCCUGCACCUGCGGAAAGUGGACUGGGUCAAGGAUUAUCCCUCGACGCCAAAAUGGGGGAUUCUAGAGUUGACAGGGCUGCACGACGAGCGAUUCGGAGGUCCAGUAUCGGUAUUGUUGGCGGAGACGAAGCACCAGCAACAGCCCGAGAACGGGCAAAGUCUCGAUUUGAUGCAAUCACGGAUGGAAAGGCAGCGAAUCGUCCACGAGUUCGUCGGAAGAGUAUGGAUGUCAGAUUGUCAGCGCAAGAAAGUGAAGAACUAAGGCAGCGGAUUAGUUCAUCUCUGAAUUCUCCCGACGAUAAGGCAGCAACUCGGCAACGUCCGGCACCGAAUCGUCCACGAUAUCGCCGGAAGAGUAUGGAUGUCGGUCUGUCACUUGAAGAGAGUGAGGAACUAAGGUCGCGGAUUGGUGAUUCUCUGAAGAAGGCGCUGGAUUAA